UGAUUUCGGUUGGCGACUUGCGAUCGUUUAUGUCAUUUUCUGUAGACACAUUCCGACGUUGUUGAUCCAUUUUCGGUGUAUUUGUGGCAAUUUUGUCGUGUUGACUGUAAAAAAGCCGUGAAUGUGUUUAGUUUUUAGGUGUCGUUAAUAAAAAUGACGGAGACAGUGACGGAUCAACAACAAUACGAAGCGGGCGAGGCCGUGCUCGGGCAGUCGUUCGUCUCGUACGCCAAUUAUAACUUUGAGAACUCAGCUUUAGAAUUAGCACGGUGUCAGUGGUCGAAUUAUGCCGAUCAACAUUACCUCAAAGGGUGUAAGUGGUCGCCCGAUGGGACCUGUCUCCUUACUGUGGUCCGAGGGGCUGGGAUGCAUGUCAUGGAGCUGCCAACUGAUCUCUACACGGGGGAGACAAUCAUGAAUAGCCGACCCCUUGUGGCGCUCAGCCCCGCUGUCAGUGUGCCUGAGAGUGGACUCAUCUACGAUUAUUGUUGGUAUCCGGGGAUGAAUAGCGCAAAUCCAGCAACGUGUUGUUGGUUAUCAAGUGGUCAUGAAGGCCCAAUCCAUUUGUGGGACGCUUUCACAGGAAAUUUGCGGUGUUCAUACAGAGGGUACAACAAUGUCGAUGAACUGGAAGCUGCAAUAAGCGUAACUUUUUCAGCUGAUGGUCAGAAUGUAUUUUGUGGUUACAAGAAGAAUGUUAAAAUUUUUAGUACCGGUCGACCGGGACGGGAGUUUGUCGAGUAUCCAACGACGCAUCCUGCUUCCUGUCUGGUGGCUAGUCAAGCGCAGCCCGGCGUUGUAGCAAUAGGUACCUGGAAAAACACCAUCGAAUUGGUAGCUCAAAGCGACGGUACAUUCCGUCACCUGUGCAAGUUGCAAGGCCACAGAGGGGGCAUUACAUCAAUGGCUUUCUCACUGGACGGCUUCCGGCUGUACAGCGGCGCGCGAAAGGAUAAAGAAAUCAUCUGCUGGGAUCUACGAGUGCCAGGUCGGCCAAUGUUCUGUUUGACACGCGAAGCAAAUACCAACCAAAAAAUCAGUAUUGACCUGUCCAUGUGUGGCAACUGGCUCGUCUCAGGGGGCACGGAUGGUAAGGUGCAAGUUUGGAAUGUUCACGAUAGUACCUAUCCAAGCGUACACAUGCAGAUGCCUCUGCAUAGUGACAGUUGCAACGGCGUAAGUUUACAUCCUUAUCGACCGAUUCUUGCAACCGCUACAGGACAGCACCAUCCUCUAGACCCUCUUCAUCAUACAAGAACUGCAAUGGUUUAUGAAAAUGCGCUGUGUAUGUGGUGGGUGGGCCAACAACAACCAGAUCCUGAUUUGCUAGCUUCGAUCAUGAAAGCGGCUGCUAAGUCUAACUCUUAGGUUUUUUGCAUUUACGUUAGUGGGGUGCCACAUCACAUUCUAGAUGAUAAUAUUGUGCAUUAAAUAAAAAGUAUUUUCACACUAA